AUGAGUGCAAUAAGCCUUAGUUCACCAGAGCACGUACCUGACGGUUGCAAGAAGUUUCAUCAAACAUCGCCAUUUGAUAAUUUUGAGCGAUCCAAUGCAACCGGUCUGAUCCGCAAAAGGCGUAUUCGUAUUAACGUGAGAGGAUUUCAAUUUGAAACCUUCCAAACAACGCUGGAGCAAUAUCCAGAGACCAUGCUUGGAUGUCCAACAAGACGGGUCGAGUUCUACGAUCCCGUCAGGGACCAAUACUUCUUAGAUCGUGACCCGGAAAUAUUCCACUUUAUAUUGUUUUUCUAUCAAUCGAAUGGAAUCCUUUCACGACCUGAAACUAUAUCAAAAGAUAACUUUGACGAAGAGCUCAAGUUCUAUGGAAUUACAACAGAUCAAGAGGAAGCGGACAAAAGAAGCUCUGGGGCUGUCAAUGAGGCAGUGGCAGCACCCGAAGAACAUCAACGUUUGAAAAUGCAAAUCCAACGCGAUCAAAACUUAAAUUGUAGUCAGCGUGAGAAAAAUAUGCGAACAAGAUGUUGGUUGAUGUUGGAGUAUCCUCGGGUCAGCCUAGCAGGUAUGAUAUGGGGUAGAAUCUCAAUUAGUAUCAUCCUACUGUCAGUUUUUGCCUUUUGUCUGGAGACAGUGCCAGAGCUCAAUUGCCCUGAAGACAAAAUAAGAAACACCCACCGCGAAUGGAAUCAAUCCGCAGGAAAUAAAACACAAACAACAAUUAAUAACGCAAGUCAUCAAUUGCAAAUGACUGCCAUAAAUGAAACGUCCAUGAUUUAUUUACAAGACUGCUCCGCUGCGCGCAUAUGGUUUGUUGUAGAAACUUCUAUUGUUUUAUUUUUUAUGGCGGAAUACACAAUACGAAUCUAUACUGCACCGAGAAGAUGUAAUUUUGUUACUUCGUUGUUCGGGAUUGUGGAUGUGGUGGCGAUCGUUCCGUAUUUCAUUACGUUAGCUGUCUACGGCUGGCGAACGGAGAUGAAUUUGCAAGUCACCUCUUUCAGUGUGCUCCGAAUCAUUCGCCUGUGUCGCGUGCUUCGUGUCUUCAAACUCAGUCGCUAUAGCAACGGCUUACAACUUGUUGGAAAAACGUUCACGGAGACGUGGAGGACGCUAUCGUCUUUAAUGAUGUGCGUGCUGAUGGGCGUGAUUCUAUCCUCAAGCUUUCUAUUUUACUUCGAGGAACAGGAUGCAGUCAGCAGCAUCGUGAAAAAUUUUUAUUGGGCAAUCAUCACCAUGACAACGGUAGGAUACGGCGAUGAAGUCCCCAGGACCCUGCUCGGCAAACUUACUGCGAGUUGUUGUAUGGUUUUUGGGAUUGUCUUGCUGUUGAUUUUACCGUUGCCCGUGUUUGUAACACAUUUCAGCAGUCUCUAUCAAAAAGAGGCGGAGAAGAAGAGACAGAAUAAAAGCAAAGGAGCUUAUGCAACUCCCACAUUGAUUGAAAAGCUAAGGACAAAACAAGUCUAACUAUAAUGAAAAAAACCCCAGUCACGUCAGAAUAAAUAUGUUAGAUAAUUAUAACAGAUGUUUCGAGUAAGAGUCGCAAAACUAACUAUUGGGCACUCAACACUUUAACCCUUGAGAGGGACUAGUAUCGAAUUUCUCUAAACUCUCUUAUAAUCCCUGCAUUGCCUCAGACAUAGCAGAGUCAACUAAGUCCCAGAUGACUUUCAAUAUCCAUUUUACAUAUGUUCAUUUGCUUUCUUAGAAAAAUCGAAAAGGUACAAAGAGGAAUCAUUCUAGAUUGGUUUCCCUGCAUUCUGUGCUUUUUUUAUGAAUUUUCUUCAUUUUCCAUAGUCGGGUCGUUUUAACAAUAUUGUAUACCAUUAUGCAUUAUUACCCAGUACUAGUCGAGGUAGUUUUAAUAUGGCUGUCGAUGAGAAAGGUGUGGUAAGGAGGUUUGAGCAGCCUGAAAACGAAAGCAUAGCAAAAUGUGCUGUUUUAGAGUGAAUAUACUGCUUUUUU